UAAUUUUCAGGUGGUUGAUUUAGGGUUUUUGAUCAUCACGCAAAGAAUUGAAGUUUUAAUCGGCAUUGCUGAAGAAGAAAGGAAGGAAUUAAAGAUGAGGCCGAUACUGAUGAAAGGGCACGAGAGGCCUCUCACGUUUCUCAAGUACAAUCGUGACGGCGAUUUGCUCUUCUCCUGCGCCAAGGACCACGAUCCCACCGUCUGGUUCGCCGACAACGGAGAGCGCCUCGGCACUUACCGCGGUCACAAUGGCGCUGUUUGGACCUGCGACAUCUCCAGGGAUUCCACAAGGCUUAUAACUGGAAGUGCUGAUCAGACUGCAAAGUUAUGGGAUGUCAGAACAGGAGCUCCGCUCUUCACCUUCAAUUUUGAUUCACCAACGAGGUCUGUUGAUUUUGCCGUUGGUGAUAAGCUUGCAGUCAUAACAACAGAUCCUUUCAUGGGAUUGCCCUCUGCUAUUCACAUCAAACAUAUAGCUAUAGAUCCAGAAGACCAGAGUGGUGAAUCCCUUCUAACUCUUAAGGGGCCACAGGGAAGAAUAAAUAGAGCAGUUUGGGGACCUCUAAAUAGGACCAUCGUAAGUGGUGGUGAAGAUUCAGUAAUUCGUGUGUGGGAUUCUGAGACAGGAAAGUUGCUGAAUGAGUCUGACAAGGAUGAAGGCCAUAAAAAAACUAUUACAUCACUAGCAAAGGCAGUUGAUGGUUCCCAUCUUCUCUCGGGUUCAUUGGAUAAGUCGGCAAAGCUUUGGGAUUCAAGAACAUUAAAACUUGUCAAAACCUACGUGACAGAACGGCCUGUAAAUGCAGUUGCAAUGUCUCCACUUCUUGAUCAUAUUGUGCUUGGAGGUGGUCAGGAUGCAUCAUCUGUUACCACAACUGAUCAUCGUGCUGGAAAGUUUGAAGCCAAAUUCUAUGACAAGAUCCUUACCGAAGAAAUAGGAGGUGUAAAGGGCCAUUUUGGACCUAUCAAUGCCUUGGCGUUCAAUCCGGAUGGCAGGAGUUUCUCGAGCGGAGGGGAAGAUGGCUAUGUUAGGUUGCACCAUUUUGAUCAAGAUUACUUCAACAUCAAGAUUUGAGCAUGAAGAGUUCCGCUCUUGCUAGUUUCAUCUACACAUUUGAUUACUACUCGGUGUAUGAUGAAAUUUUGGAAUAUUGUUGGCAUCUAACACUUUUACUGAGGGAUAGACAUCAGACAUGUACGAGAUUAUCACAAAUUUUGUCCAUUUUUCUAUUAAUAAUAUUUAUAGGUCAUUAAUUUUGAAAAUA